UCGAUGACGUGUCACUCUGCCAUGGCGGCUCUCACCGUUGGGCACGCGGCGAUCGUCCAUGCCACCACGCGUCUCGAGGACGCCCGGUCCACCGGCCGUCGGCGGCGGCGGCGGGGGAUGAUCACGGUGCGCGCGGCGGCGGCGGCGACGAGCGGGUGGGAGCCGGGCAGCUGGAGGGCGCGGCCGGCGAGGCAAAUCCCGGAGUACCCGGACGCGGCGGCGCUGGAGGGCGCGGAGCGCGAGCUGGCGUCGUUCCCGCCGCUGGUGUUCGCCGGGGAGGCGCGGAAGCUGGAGGAGCGGCUCGGGGACGCCGCCAUGGGGCGGGCCUUCCUCCUGCAGGGCGGCGACUGCGCCGAGAGCUUCAAAGAGUUCGCCGCCAACAACAUCCGCGACACCUUUCGCCUCAUGCUCCAGAUGGCCGUCGUCCUCACCUUUGGCGGCCAGAUGCCCACCAUCAAGGUUGGAAGGAUGGCUGGCCAAUUUGCAAAGCCAAGAUCAAACCCAACUGAGACUAUAGAUGGAGUGACACUUCCUUCCUAUCGAGGUGAUAUUAUUAACAGCGAUGGUUUUGAUGAGAAGUCGCGUGCACCAGAUCCUGAAAGGUUAAUUAGAGCCUACAGCCAGUCCGCGAGCACCCUGAAUCUUCUGAGAGGAUUUGCUCAUGGAGGGUAUGCAGAUCUGCAGAGAGUCACCCAGUGGAAUCUUGACUUCUUGAGGGACAGCACGCAAGGGGACAGGUAUAUGGAGCUGUCCGAGAGGGUUCACGAUGCCAUCGGAUUUAUGGUUGCUGCUGGUCUGACUCCUCAGCAUCCCAUCAUGACGACGGCUGAAUUCUGGACAUCUCAUGAGUGCCUUCAUUUGCCAUAUGAGCAAGCAUUGACUAGGGUGGACUCCAUUUCUGGGCUUUACUACGAUUGCUCUGCUCAUAUGCUUUGGGUUGGGGAGAGGACUCGACAACUGGAUGGUGCUCAUGUUGAAUUCCUUCGUGGUAUUUCCAACCCUCUAGGUGUAAAGGUGAGUGACAAGCUCGAACCUUCAGAGCUUGUUAAAUUGUGUGAGAUUUUGAAUCCUCACAACAAGCCCGGAAGACUGACAAUCAUCACAAGAAUGGGUGCUGAGAACACGCGCGUUAAGCUCCCACAUAUGAUCAGAGCAGUCCGCCAAGCUGGGUUGAUUGUCACUUGGGUCAGUGAUCCCAUGCAUGGGAACACCAUCAGCGCACCAUGUGGUCUCAAGACAAGAUCAUUCGACGCGAUCAGGUGCGAGCUGAGGGCUUUCUUCGAUGUCCAUGAGCAAGAGGGAAGCUACCCUGGAGGGAUUCACCUGGAGAUGACAGGGCAGAACGUUACAGAGUGCAUUGGUGGAUCCAAGACGGUGACCCUUGAUGAUCUCAGCUCUCGCUACCGCACGCACUGCGACCCCAGGCUGAAUGCAUCGCAGUCGCUUGAACUGGCUUUCGCCAUUGCUGACAGGCUAAGGAAGAAACGAGACAGGGCUUGGAAUAGGUUGGUGUACAGGGCGGUAGCUUAAGAUAUCUAGCUCGGAAUUUUGGCCCUACAAGAAGAGAUAGUAUCUAGCUUGGAGUAGUUCAUUCUUUUUUUUUCCCUUUGAAUAAUAAAAAAAAUAGAGCCGGCGUGGCGACGUCAGUACUCUCUUCUGCUUCAUUUCUUCACUAGUAGUUAACUUUGUCGAAGUUUCUUUUCUUCAAUAAGACGACUUGACUAUCAAAAGAAUAAUUAGGAGCUAAAUGGUGUAUGUGCCGCA